CCCACAUUUUGGAAGGAAGCGUAAAGCAUGGCAAGUGGCUCCGCCUCCUCGUCCUCCUCCUCUGCGCGCUCUCCAGGGCGGGGAUACAAUUUAUGUCGGGGAUAACUACUUUGGCACAACACCGGAAUAAACUUGAGUUUUCAGCAGCCGCAGCAGAGACCUCCUUCUCAGUCCCAUCAUGGCCGAAGUGGACGAGACUCAGUUUUCUAUCAUGAGUCUGGAGGAUGAGCUGAUCUGCAGCAUCUGUCUGAGCCCCUUUGACUGCCCGGUGACCAUCCCCUGCGGACACAACUUCUGCCGGGACUGCCUGCUGGAAAGCUGGAAGGACUCCUACAGCUGUCCUCAGUGUCGGACCGUGUUCGACACCAAACCGGAGCUGAAGAAAAACACGGUCCUCACCGCCGUCGUGGAGACAUUGAAAGUGAGGUCAGACAAGAGCGAAGCCAGUUUUUCUGAAGAUGAGAACGAAGCCAGCUUUUCUGAAGGUGAGAGCGAAGCCAGCUUGUCUGAAGAUGAAAGCGAAGCCAGCUUGUCUGAAGAUGAAAGCGAAGCCAGCUUGUCUGAAGAUGAGAGCGAAGCGGUGGGAAAAGAUGUCAUCCGCUGUGAUACAUGCAUGGAAGCAGAGGCGUCGAAGACCUGCCUCACCUGCAUGGCGUCAUACUGUGAGGAGCACCUGCGCCCUCACCGGGACAACCCCGUUUUCCGUCUCCACCACCUGAGCGAGCCUGUGGGGGACCUGUCGGAGCGCAUCUGCACCGAACACCACAAGCUGAUGGAGUUCUUCUGCACCCAGCAUGACCGCCUGAUCUGCAGCUUCUGCCUCCAACAGGUCCACAAAGGCUGCUCCUUCAUGACUCCGGAGGAGCAGAGGAGCCUGAAAGAGUCCGACCUCAGGAACAAGUUGGGUUUGCUGAAUGAGAAAAUGGAGAAAACUGAAACUGUUGUGUUUCAAAUGAAUAACAUGCAGAGCAAGCUGAAGGACGCAGCAAAUAAAAGGAAGACGGCACUGGCAGCUGUUUAUCAGCAGAUGAGGGAUCUCUUGGCUCAAGAUGAACGCGAGGCCCAAAAUGAGGUGGACCGCGAGCUGGAGCUCGGUCAGAUGAAACUUAGGAAUCUCACGAAGAAGCUAAAUGAAAACUGUGAGAAGAUGGGAAAAACCAGAGAAGACAUCAACAGCCUGCUGAGUGAAUCCCAAGCCUCGACUUUCCUGCAGGCUUCAGUUGAACUGCCCAAAGUCAUAAAGUUCGAGCCGCACGUUCCUCGAAUCAACCUGGACUCCAAGAAGGUGACAGCGACACAGGCGUUUGCUGCUGCCCUGAGGGAGACCCUGAUGGAGAUGCUUAAUCAGCCUGUUGAGGACAGAUCACUGUUACUUAAACCAGGUGAAACUGCAGCUCCCGUCUCAGGACCAGAAGGUGCUGAAAACACUGCGUCCCAGCCAGAGUCCAGAGUGCCUUCAGAGCAGAAAAGCAGCCCCACGGUCCAAGGUCCACUCUGCCAUCCACCCGUCCAGCAAUACUACCAGCCCGUCCCUAUACCUUUUUAUAUUAGACCACAGCAAACAUGGAGCGCACCCCAGUACCCACAGGCCCAACCACGAGGGCAACAUUCUGGGCAACUUCGAUUUUUUGCACAACAAAAGACAAAUCAAGACAGGAAGCCGCACGGUGCUCCUGGAGGAAGUAAACCAGCUGGGAAAGGAUCUGAUUCCACCAAGAGAGAUAAACCCAAAGGCCAUCCUCCAUCAGCGAAAUCAAAUCAAGACAGGAAGCCGCACGGUGCUCCUGGAGGAAGUAAACCAGCCGGGAAAGGAUCUGAUUCCACCAAGAAAGAUAAACCCAAAGGCCAUCCUCCGUCAGCGAAAUCAAGCACACACCGACCACAUCCUCCUAAAAAUCAUAAGUAAUAGAAGCAAUAUUUGUAUUUCAUUCUGCAGCCCUGAAACAUGAAGGCACUGUGAGACGCACAGUUCAUACAACAAGAGGGCGGAGCUGCUGACACUGAGUGAGAGUCCAGCACAAACUGGAGGGUUUAGAGCAGAGCUUUUGGCUCACGUAUCCACUCCAACAGUGUGUCAUUUAAAAUAAGGAAAAGCACAAUGGGUCUAUACUUUGAUUCAAUAAUGAACCCAAAAAACUACAGAAAAGGUGCAAAUUUUUUUUGCAUGUUUUGUAUGCUCUGGUUCUGGACAUUUCCUUAAAAUCAGCUAUUUGGCAGGUCUAGAAAAUGCAAGCAAAUCCCAACAUGAAGACACUAAAACUCAAAGUAUUGACUUAAAAUUCUUUGAUUUUUCUGAUUAGCUGCCAAAAAUCUUAAAAAAAAAAAAAAGUCUUUUCACUUACUUGGUAAUAUGUACAUUAAAUAUGUCUUUAAAAGGUUUAAAUGUGGCUUGUUGAAACCUACAGGAACCCAGUGGAAGUGCGGAGGCUGCUGCAUCGACCCCUUUAUCGGUAUUUAUAAAACCGGUGAAUGAUUAUCAGCGUGUAGCAGCUGUUUUUACCCGUUUUAAUAUAAAAAUCAGUGAAAACACAAACACAGUUGGUGUAUAUAUGAAAAUAUUUAUGGGAAUGUCAUCAGAUUUAAAACAUCGCUUGGUUACAUUCAUUUCUAUCAGAAUCAGUUUCUCUCACCUGCGGUAGGAGUGAUCCACCAAAUCCUCGUUUCUGUAAACAGCUUUGUUUGAAAUGACUGUUUAAUAAAAGCUUUUUUCCCUCA